AUGUCGUUUAUGGCCAACAUCAUCACACUCAAAACUCCUUCGGCUACCCCCCUCGUCCACCAGCCCUCAGCCUCACAGCCAUCAUCUCCUCAGCCCUCAGUGUUCCUGCUCCCAGACCUCAUGUCCCCUGUCCUCAUCUCCCAGCCCACAGCCCUCAGCAACCAGCCCUCAGCCUCACAGCCCUCAGCCCUCAUCUCCUCAGCCCUGUGUUCCAGCCCACAGCCCUCAGCCUCUCAGCCUGCAGCCCUCAUCUCACCAGACCUCAUCACCAUGAUCUCAACCUCUGAGCCCUCAGCCCUCAUCACCCAGCCCUCGGCCUCUCACCCUCAACCUCCCAGUCCUCAGUCUUCAGCCAUCAGUGUCCCAGCCUCCGAGCCCUCAGCCCUCAUCACCCAGCCCUCGGCCUCCCAGCCCCAAAGUCCUCAACCUCCCAUUCCUCAGCCUCCCAGCCCUAAAUUCCUCAACCUCCCAGCCCUCAACCACCCAGUCCUCAACCUCCCAGUCCUCAACCUCCCAGUCCUCAACCUCCCAGUCCUCAACCUCCCAGCCCUCAACCUCCCAGUCCUCAACCUCCCAGCCCUCAACCUCCCAGCCCUCAACCACCCAGUCCUCAACCACCCAGUCCUCAACCUCCCAGUCCUCAGCCUCCCAGCCCUAAAUUCCUCAACCUCCCAGCCCUCAACCUCCCAGCCCUCAACCUCCCAGCCCUCAACCUCCCAGCCCUCAACCUCCCAGUCCUCAACCUCCCAGCCCUCAACCUCCCAGCCCUCAACCUCCCAGUCCUCAGCCUCCCAGCCCUAA